AAUGGAAUAAAAAAAAUAGUCCAUUUAGAUGAUUGCUCCGUUACACCCGUAAUUCACGUUUUACAAUAUCCUGGCUGCGUGCCUAAACCAAUACCGUCUUUCGCAUGCAUCGGAAGAUGUGCCAGCUAUGUACAGGUAUCAGGAAGCAAAAUUUGGCAAAUGGAAAGAUCUUGUAUGUGUUGUCAAGAAUCAGGAGAACGAGAGGCUUCUGUUUCUCUAUUUUGUCCAAAAGCUAAACCGGGAGAACGCAAAUUCAGAAAGGUUAUUACAAAGGCUCCAUUAGAUUGCAUGUGCAGGCCAUGUACAAGUAUCGAAGAAAGUGCAAUUAUACCGCAGGAAAUAGCAGGCUAUGCUGAUGAAGGCCCUUUAAAUAACCAUUUUAGAAAAUCACAUCACAUUCAAUAA